CUCCAGUUAUGGUUUUGACGCCGCCCAUCCGCUCCCUGCGCCCAGUAAUGCGGAAGUGACAGUGUGGGCGUGGCUCUGCCAGUAGGGGUGUUGGCCGGUAUUAGGUAUUAACGUCUGUGUGAGAGCCAGAAGCAAAGCAGCCGUCACCGAGCCUCCUUCUUCUUCUUACCGUGAGCGGUGAGUAUAGCUCGGAUAAUGGCGCCGGGCUGAGAGUGACUGACAGCCCGUGCUGGUUACCAUGGAGCCCGGGGGCUUAUAUAACCAGAUAGGGGGGGGGUUCGUUGUCAGAUACGCUAUGUCUGUCUGUCUGUCUUUCUGUCUAUGGGCUGCUGCUUGUAGGCCAUAGCACUAGUCACGGGUAUACAACCUUCCGCACGCCAGAUGUUGUGGACUACAUCUCCCAUAAUCCUCUUGCAGCCACAAUGCCGGCAGAGCAUCAUGGGAGAUGUAGUCUAAAACAUUUGGAGUGCCAAAGGUUACUUAUUCCUGCACUAAUAUUUAAGACAGGAGCAGACAAGCUUCUGCACUCCAGAUGGUGUGGACUACAUCUCCCAUAAUGCUAGCAAAGCAUUGUGGGAGCUGUAGUGUAAAACAUGUGGAAGGUUGCCUACCCCUGAUCUCUGGGGUGCCAGGCUGGAGUAAUCUUUAAUUGUUUCUUAAGAAUAAGCAAUAUAUUGGCGCCAGCAAGUAUUGCAACAUAUUCGUGUGUGUCAUACAUUCUCCUGUACCUUUUUGUUAUUUUUCCAUUAAUUUUAAAGUACUCCAAGUAAGUUAAAUGUUGGGGUAUGUACAGGAUUGUAAAACACUAUAUUAUAUUAUAUAUAUAUAUAUAUAUAUAUAUAUAUAUAUAUAUAUAUAUAUAUAUAUAUAUAUUACACACACAUACACACUAUACUGAAGCUCAAUUUCUACCAAUUGUAUAACUUUGCAUUGCUUUUAACUGUAUGCUCACUGAUUAUUUGUAAAUUUAAACUGCAUCCUUUAAUACUUUGUAUUUGACAUCUGCCACUGUAAGAUUACUGGUGUAAUUAUUUUCGGUUGUUGUUACCAAGACUUGUAUUUUGGAGAGAACCUUUACUCGUGCAUUUGGUAUUUGUGUCCUGCAAUUUCAUCUUUAGAAGUUACGUUUAAACAUUAAACGUAUUACAGGAAAGGUGUGUAUGUCUCUGUCAGUAGUUGUAGUUUAGAAACCUUGUUUUGUGUAGAGGUCCAGAUGUCUUAUCUGUUCAGCUCCCAGGAACCUGAAGGUUUGAUUUUUAUUAAAAAAAUUUCAAUCCCUUCAAAUUACGGGAUAGCCCCUCACCUGGUAAUAUUGUAAAACACUCUCUCUUUUAUCUGGAAAACAUCUUCCUGACUUGGUCAUACUCCUUGUUCCCUUACAUUUAACAACCUGGCUUGGGGUGGCAUUCACAAUUCCAAUCUAUACAUACAUACAUACAUACAUGCAGGUGUAGUUACUUAGCUCUCUGCAGGUACAAACAGUUGGUGAGUAACAUAAAAUUGCAUUAAAAGGACACAGAAUACUUUUGUUACCCUACUUUUUACUGAUUUAUUCUAUAGAUCAUGCAUGAAAUAAAUUACCAAACCAUUCCUCAUGGCCCACCAACAAUCCAGGAUUUCCUCUUUUUUUUUUUUUUUUAUUCCAAAGGAGAUACUGGUAAAACCUGGACUGUUGCGUCAUGAGUGGUUUGGGAACCGCUGCAUUGAAUGUAGUAAGUAUCAUAAGCAGUUAAUUGCUCUUUAGUAUUUAUGGUGCCUAACGUUCUUACACAGAUUGACAGAUUACUGAUGACCAGAGCAAAUACAUUGCUGUUUUGGAUGCUUAUGGCUUUUCUGGUUUGUGAUAGUGUUUGUGUGUAUAUAUGAAUGUAUUCUAUUAUAUACUAUUUUAGUCUACCAAGUUUAGACUGUUUUUAUUGGUGUUAACUGGUUGGUUAAUAAUAAAUAGUAGUAGUAGUAGAGUAUUUAACAUUCACAUUACUCGGGUUUCCAAGUAUGUCCUGGGGAUGUUACUAUUACCCAAUUUAACGGUACUACCUUUAUCUAUCUACCUGGGAAGGUAGUUGACCUGAAGGGCUGAGUCAACUCUGCUGGCAUUUGAAUUUGCAACACUCACGAAGGGAUGAACAGAUUCUACUGCUAAUCCAUUAGCUCAUUGAGCCAUCUCACUGGCCUUAAUGUCAACUCUCAACAAAUAAAUACUGUCUAAAGUUAUAAUGCAGAAGAAUGAACAUCUGCUUUAUCAUUGUAACUAAGAAGCACUGCAGGCGGCCCUCACCACAAGGUUUAGACAACAUCAGUGGAAUCCUGGCACUGUUUGGAAAUCCAUUUCAAUUGUUUGUUGAAUUUAUAUACAUAUUGAUGAACGGAAACAAAUUAACACUAACCAGCAUAACCACUUUAACAUGUGGAUAUGGUACUGUAGAGGUCACUUUUACAGUACUAUAUGUUGUAGUGAUUAUGCUGGUUAGUGUUCUUAUAAAAAAAAGUGUGUGUGUGUGUAUAUAUGUAUAUAUGUAUGUGUGUGUGUGUGUAUAUAUAUAUAUAUAUAUAUAUAUAUAUAUAUAUAUAUAUAUAUUAGUCUACUAGUAAGCAGCUUCAGACCAGUGUGAAUGUCACAAUCUGAAGCCUCUCAUUUGACUUGUAAACAUUUAUGGAUUUACAGGACAUGUAGGUCAGCCCCAGCAGCAGUUCCAUUCAUCCUGUUUGAAUCAGCUGUUGGUAGCCUUACUGUGGCCAGAUUGCAGACAGUCUCAUUCACAGUUUUGUAACGGGACUGUGCAGAGUAUACACAAACCAUACAAAUAUUUUGAUUGUCUCAGGUGGAAGCAUAGAAUUUCUGUCUGGUGGAAAGAGGGCAUACUUGCAGCUGCAGUAGGUUUUGUAAAUCAUUCCAGUUAUAUGCAAUGCAACAUGGAUCCUUCUUCCACUGUCUCCUAUGAAACAACCUAUUGCUUUACUUACAGGGUCAUUCUCUAAACGCACCCAUAAUGUUCUGGGUCUUUACCCAUACAGCUCGGCACAGCAGAGGUUUAUAAGAGUUCUAAUUCGGUUGUUAGAUUUUUUUCUGGGGAAACAUGACCGCUGCAGUACAACUCCUGAAAACCUCAGCUGUGCACUCUACUGGAAUAGUACAAAAAUGUAUGUGAGUAAAAGUAGCCAGGUAAAAGGCAGUGUUUACAUUGCUGCCUCGUAACACCUCUAGUGGCAGUCACCCAGACGGCCAUGAGAAGUGCCUCCUGGAUCAGUGCUGCACAAUGUUUAGCGUCUUCAUGCUUUGAUUCAACACAUCUCUAUGAGGAAAUGCUGAUUGGUGCAGCAUUCUGCCACGUAUGCGCAAUAGCCUCCCAAUGCUUUCCUAUGGGAAAACAUUGAAUUGGCUGAGAUCGGCGGUGGGGCCAGCAGCCUCGAGACCUGUGCGGCACUGAAAAAAGGGGAGUUUUACACUUGUUUAAAGUGCAUGGGGGGCCUAAACUGCACUUUUAGAACUAUGUCAGGAAUACAUGUUUGCAGUCUUGACACUAUAGUGUUCCUUUAAGUUUCAGCAGCUAUAAGAGUAAUUAAAAAUGUGGUCAUGGUAAAACGCAUGUCUUAUGUGAGUGACACCAGGACAGGGCUGAUUCUGCAUAGUCCAUGGAAAGUAUAACUUAGAGAGUUGGGAGUGAGAGAAGAGUGAAUAGCUGGAAGUAAGAGCUAGUGGUAGUAACAGACAUUUGUUUAAUUGUCAAUACUCAUUUGCACAUAUUUUGGCAUUGCCCACGCAUUGGAACUUUUGAAAGAGGUAACCACACUACUUUGUGUCAAAUUUGUACCUGUUUUUUUUUUUUUUAUUGUACAUAUUUAGUGCAAAAACAUUUACUGUGUGGCUUUUCUCUUGAUACGGUUGGGGAUCCUUUCUAGUUGAUCACCCUCCUGUUUGCUGGUUUAUACUCAAGAUAGCCUGGUACUAUCCGCACUGACAUAUUGCCAAAUUUGGUCCUUUUGACCUUGUGGUGAUCUUUCUUUUGUUUUUCUUCUAAGUGGUGUACAAAACAGGAUGCCCAGUUUGGUAGGUGUGUCAUCUUGCAUCAGGGAUUAAACCAAUUUCCAGCGUUACCCAAAAUCUUAGCUUUCUCUAUUCACACUCUCUGCUAUUCAUCGGCUCCCAUUUAAAGGAACACUAUAAUCACCUAAACAACUUUAGCUUAAUGAAGCAGUUUUAGUGUAUAGAUCAUGCUUCUUAGGUUUUACAGCUCAAUUCUCUGCCAUUUAGGAGUUAAACCACUUUAUUUCUGUUUAUGCAGCCCUUGCCACACCUCCCCUGGCUAUGAUUGACACAGCCUGCAUGAAAAUAAACAAACUGGUUUCACUUUCAAUCAAAUGUAAUUUACCUUAAACAAUUGUAUCUCUUUCUCUGUAAAUUGAACUUUAAUCACAUACAGGAGGCUCUAGCAAGCUAUUAACAUAGCAGGGGAUAAGAAAAUCUUAAUUAAACAGAACUUGCAAUAAAGGAAGGAUAAACUUUAGAUGACUCUUUACAGGAAGUGUUUAUGAAGGCAAUGCAAGUUACAUGCAGGGAGGUGUGACUAGGCUUCAUAAACAAAGUGAUUUAACUCCUAAAUGGCAGAGAGGCUGCAGGGGCGUCUUCUUUACACCAAAACUGCUUCAUUAUGCCAACGUUGUUUUGGUGACUAUAGUGUCCCUUUAAAUACUAUUUUUCUCACUGGGUGGCUAAAAUUAGAUUGACCCAUCUAUAGAUACCAUCCUUUGUUUUGCUUGUGUAUUUUACUCUCAAUCCCUUUUUAGAAUUAAUUUAUAAAACCCAAGGCACUCUUCAACUGCCAAAAUUGUUUCUGCAUUAUGCAUAUAAUUAAUGUUUUGACACACUCUGCUAAUGAGUCUGCACUGCUGUCAGCCUAUCAUUUGUUUGUUGUGUGUCUUCACUGUAGUUCAUGUACCUGAUCCAAAGUAGUUUGUUGUUUAGGGCCAAUUUGUUAUAAUUUUUAGUCGAUAUUUACAUUACUUGUUGCUGUGUUCAGCAGAAAUUUAGGUAGUAAUAUGUACUCUAACUUGUUUGGGCAGGGUCUUCAUAAACCUAUUGUUCCUGUACAAUUUUGUAAUUGUUUAAUUUAUUAAAUUUCCCCCAAUAUAUUGUAAAACGCUGUGGAAUCAGUUGACGCUAUAUAAAUGUAAAAAAAUAUUACUUUAAGACAGGGCUUGACAAAUUCCAGUCGCCAUGGCAACCAGGAAAUUUGACCCAGCUCCUGGAAUUUCUGAGCCUGUUCAGCCCCCCAAGUGAUUGGCUGCCUGAGAGCAGAGGCGGGCAGUCGGAUCACAGAGGGGCCAACUAGUUAAUGGAGAGCGGAGGGAAGCGGGCACCUGACAGAGGGAGGGGGGCGGACAACAGCUCAUGGAGAGCUGAGGGAGGCGGGCAGAUGACUUAGUGCCGCGGCGAGGGAGGGAACUGUAAUCUCCCUGCUCCGUUACGCGGCUUGCAAUGAUGCUGGUUAUGACAUCACUCCGGCUCACUAAACCGUGAGCGAGAAGGAGAUGAGCAGGCAGAUGACAGCAGCCCCACUGGACCCCAGGGAAAGCCUACCCACUCCAGCUUUUCAAGGUACGGAGGCUGGGUAAAUAAUAAUAAAAAAAAUAAAAUAAAAAAAAGUGUUUGUAAAUGUGUGUGUUGGAGUGUUUGUGUCUGUCUUGUGUGUGUGUGUGUGUGUGUGUGUGUGUGUGUGUUCCCUCCAAUCACAUGGGGAAUGUGUUUUACUCACUUUUUUACCACGCCGUGACUGGCCCCACCUCCAUGGCUGAGAUCAUCAAUCUUGACGAUCUAAUCCACUGCUUUCCCAUAUGAAAGCAUUAGACUACUGCACGUGCACGGCAAAAUGCCACUGAAAACCUUCAUAGUACUGACAUGACUAAGAAUUCUAUAUUUGUACUAAUAUGGAGGUGAUUUAGUAUAUAAUGUUUAUUUUCAUUAACUGAAUGUUAAAUAACGAGAAAAUGUUUUUAAUUAAAAACAAGUUUUGCUUUUCUUUUAAAUAUUAACUGGUAAUUACAGUCCCAUUUCCUUAAUCUUUUAUAAGUAAAUUGUACUGCUGUCAUCUGUCAAAAAGCUACAUCAAAGACACUAAAUUAAAUUUCACUUGCACAAAGGCUAUUGUUUCAGCUAACAAACAAGUCAUUGUCAUAAAAUGGCUCCACCCGCAUGAAUCCAGACCAUCCUGUAAAAUAGUGCUAUUUGGAAUAUUAAUGAUGCAGACGAGACAAGCACCAUAUUCUACAGCUGUGACAAGCGUUGCAUACCUCAGCAUACUGAUUUCAUUAAUCAUGGUUGUCAAACUAUGGAAGAAACCAUACAUGGUUCUUUUCUCUGGUUGGGUUUUUAUGUUGAUUAAUUACCAGAAUGUAUAUGGUUUAAAAACGUUUGGGGAGAUUUAUCAAAGUGUGUUUUUUAUUUUAUUUUUUGUAUUUAUUUAUUUUUCUAACAGGCUGGUCUAAGGUACAAAAAGUGGGACAGUCACCAUGGAAACCAAUGAUACCAGCAGGCUUGUUCUAUUGGUGACUCCUCCCUGUUAUGUUUUAUACUUUUUUUUUAAGAGCAGAACACUGAUAAAUCUCUCCUGCAGCUAGAAGCUAAAACAAAAAAAUCAGUCUUUAUACCAGGGUUGGUCAAAAGUAGAUUGCAGCUGACAAUGCUUUGUAAAUCAUGAAGCUGGCAAAGCAUCAAGGUAGUUGAAUAUCAGUUGUGGAACUAAUAACUUCUUGGCAACUGGAGCUGUAGACAAUAUUGUUUCUUAUUGGUGUUUGAGUAAAAUUCCUUUUAUCCUUUUUAAGUGGCUUUGUUACUUUUGGGUAUUUCAAAACAAUUAUGUGUUGGAAUUUCAUUGAAAUGGGACUACUGUGAAUUAUUACUUUGUCAUAUGAGCAAAGUCAGGGUUGACAAAAGGCAUAGCUUUCCUGUCCACUUUCCAGUUCCUGCAGCCAUCAGUAUUGACAGCUGUAGAAGGCUAGCAUCUUCUUGCAUACUGCAAGACUUGUGAUUCUCCAUAGACCUCUGUUCAGCAGUGACUGAUUCUCCUGAUGGACAAAGGAUCAGGAACUGAAGAAAGAAGAUAGCGGCAGCCACAGGGAACCAUUUCAAGUAAGUAUAACUCCCUUUAGCUUGUUCCCUGGACUGUUGCAUAUUAGUUGGGAAUGUUACCUUAAAGUUUAAUUGCAAAGUAUGCCAGACCCCCAGAAGUGACAGCUGGUUUAAUGUGAAUGUCCCUUAUUAAUGCCUCCAGAAUAUCAAAGUGCUUGAUCUGUGUAUUGAAAGAAUUAUCUGCGGAUGUGAUUUCCUUUGUACAACGUUCGGCUAGAAUGCUGUUUUGGAGGAAUUUCCUUUUCAAAAUUUCUAGCAUAUGACCCUUCCCCCACAUCUUAAGACAUAGAAUGCAGUAACAAACGUGUUUAAAGAGAAGGUUAAAAAAAGCAAACUGCUUCCUGUUUGCCCUUGAAAGGCUAAACUUCAAAGAUAUGCUCUUCAGAAAUGUCAUUUCUGUAACCGAUUAUCUACUCCAGACUGCUAUAAAGUAGACUUUUUUUAAAUAACCUACCCGCAGUAAUUAUCUAGUGAUACCAUAUCACUUGUCUAAAUCCCAGCUGUUAAACCUUAUUUCAUGACAGCAUUAGUAAAUUUUGAAUUAACAUUGCUAUUUAUUUAUUACUCAGUCUUGAAGUAUUCACGUGUUUUCUAAACAUUAAGAAUUUGAUUUGCCAACUUUUCUACAUCCUUGUAGAAAUCUGCUCCAUACCACAGACUUGUUGUGGCAAGUUUCUUAUCACACACGCACACUGUUUCUAAAGGGAAACUUUUACAUUUACUCUGCAAAAACAAACCUGUUGAAAAUCUAUAUGAAAACUAUUUGACUAUUGGUUUUCCUCGCAAUCUGCUCAUAUUUUAAAGAAAAUCAUUGAGUUACUAGCUCGGUCUAGAUAUGGCCAGGUUUUGAUGCCAAGAGUCACUGGCGCCGAUGGCUGACCCACUCUGCCAAACGUGCACAAACUUUAUAUAACUAAGGUGGGAUUGGAACUUCUGCUUUAUCUGCAUAGAGUAGACUGGAAGUUGGACAUGUCCUGGUUGACCCCUUACCAGGGGAUAAUAGCAGGGGAACUACUUGUAGGAUAUUCGUUAAAUUUCUACUCCAGGACAUUAAAAUGGCACAUUUACUUCUGACUCAAGCAUUAUGUGAGCAGAACAGAGGGUCGUUCAUUUGAGACGAUGGUGUUAAAUAACAUGGCAUUUUAAGAAGUGAUCUUGUGCAGUGUUGUAUAGCGGUUUCCAUUCUUUCAGGUUUAUAUCAUGUCUUUUUAUAAAGUACUAUUUUAUUUUGGGUCUACGAGUCAACCCAAUGAGUUUGACCUUCUGUUAACUGAAUCAGCAAUGAUAUCACAAAACCUUUUUGUAGCUGUGACUAGUUGAACACUACUUAUAAUUGGCCGCUGAUGCUUAUGGGUAGACAUUAGUGUUUUUUUAUAAGCUUUGAACAACUUGAGCACCUAAUUGUUUUCCCUUGCCGUGUCCUUGUAAACAUACUGCAAAUUAAUUUGAAAUUUCGGUACGUUUUGUCUAUUGUCAUUGCUCCGUUCCUUAAGAUACAAUGCCUGAUUCUGACUGCAAAUCAAUAAAAAAUGACUCCCAGAUAGAAAAGAAAUAAUUGGCUUUGCUGAAUCUUACACUCUUCUGUCUAGGAAAUGGUGUCCUAGCCAACAUCAGCCGAGAGAGGGGUGUGGGAACCUAAGGUACAUGCACAGCUUUAGGAUUUCCCCAUAUGAAAGGAUUAUACAAUGCUUUCCUAUGGGGUUGUUGGUGACACUGGACGUCCCCAUGCAGAAUGUGAGGACAUAAGGCGACCGACCAGAAGACCAUUUAGUGGCUGUCUGGUAGACAGCCACUAGAGUUGGAGUUAACCUUAACCGGUAGUUAUUGCAGUUUCUUAAAAACUGCAAUAAUUUUCUGCUCCGGGUUAAGUAACCUGGGACACAGCAUCUAUACCACUUCAGUGAGUUGAAGUGGUGUGGGUGCCUAUAGUGUCCCUUUAAGUAAUGUUAAAGAAUAACCCAUGUUUUUGGUGCAAUGAAUGUUAAAAGCAUACACAGGAAAACAGACUUGAUGAAAGGGACACUAUAGUCACCAAAACCACUUUAGCUUAAUGAAGUAGUUUUGGUGUAUAGAUCAUGCCCUUGCAGUAUCACUACUCCAGGGCUUGACAAAUUUGCUUGGAAUCUAGGAGCCAGCUAUAAAAGUUAAAAGCCAAAGAAAUCAAUGCCAAAAAUAAAAUUCUUAAAGGGAUUCUAUAGUCCCCAGAACCACUGCAGCUUAAUGCAGUUGUUCUGAAAUCUAUAUCCUGUCCCUGAACGCUUUUCAAUGUAAACACUGACUUCUCAGACAAAAGGCAGUGUUUACAUUGCUGCCUGGUGACGCCUCUAGCGACCGUCACUCAGACUGCCUCUAGAGGUACUUCCUGGGUCAGUGCUUCACAAUGUGCAGCACCUAUAUUAAUGUUCCCUAUAAGAAUGCAUUGAUUCAAUGCACCUCUAUGAGAAGUUAAAUUGGCGCAGUGGCAUUUUGCCGUGCAUGCGCAAUAGUCUUCCAAUGCUUUCCUAUGGAGAAGCAUUGGAUUGGCUGAUAUCGUCAAGAUUGAUAAUCUCAGCCAUGGAGGUGGGGCCAGCCGCAGCAUCAUCAUCAGCAUGGCGUGGGGGAAAGGGUGAGUAAAAACACUCAGACGGACACACGCUCACUACUUUAUUUAAAUCCACCUGGACUCCGUACUUCUGGAGAGCUGGAGUGGAUAGGCUUUCCCUGGGGUUCAAUGGGGCUGCUGUCAUCUCCCUACUCUGCUCCCUCUCGCGCAGAGUGACUUCAAACCCCGGUUCCUGGCAUCCCUACAAGCCACGCGAGGGAGCAGAGCAGGGAGAGUACAGCUCCCUCGCCGCGGCAUUGUCAUCCGUCCACCCGCCUCACUCUUCUCUCCAUUACUCGGCUGCUCCACUCCCUCUGUAAGCCUCCUGCCUCCUUCUCACAGCUCUCAAUGAGCCGGCCGCCUGCCUCAGUCCUCUGUGAUCCGACUGCCCGCCUCUGCUCUCAGGCAGCCGGUCACCUCGGGGGGGCUAAACAGGCUCACAAAUCCCAGGUGCCAGAACAAGUUUCGUGGUGCCUGGGAUUGUCAAGCUCUGCACUACUCAAUUCUCUGCCAUUUAGGAGUUAAAUAAUCUUUUUUUAUUUUUAUGCAGUUUAGCUGCACUUCCCUUGACUGACUGAAGCAGCCUGUGUGGGGAAAACAUUUUUUUUUUUUUUCACUUUAAUGACAUGUUGCUUAUUUUAGAAGUUUGUAUCUCUUGCGCUGUAAGUUGAUCUUGAAUCCCAUACAGGAGGCUCCUGCAAUAUUUAGAAAGUUAACAUUGCCAGAGAUAAGACAUUCUUAAUUAAACAGAUUUUGCAAAACAGUGAUUUCAUUCCUAAAUGACAGAAUAAAACAGUGAGACUGCAGGGGCAUGAUCUAUACCAGUGUUCCCCAACCCAAUUCUCAUGGACCACCAACAGUCCAGGAUUUGUGUGUCCCUGUUUUAUUCCAAUGGAGAUACUGACAAAAUCUGGACUGUUGGUGGGCCAUGAGGACUGGGUUGGGGAACACUGAUCUAUACAACAAAACUGCUUCAUUAAAGGAACACUAUAGGAUCAGGAAAACUAACAUGUAUUCCUAUAGUGUUAAAACCACCAACUGCCCUCCCUAAAUAUCUUAUAAAUAAGAGUAAAAUCUUACUUGUUUUCAAUUCUGCAGCUGCUGGCUGUGCCCCUGUCUGCCUCUGAAACUGCCUCUCUGCUGACUUCAUCAGAAGUGGUGGUCUGAGCCAAUGACUUCCCAAUAGGAUUGGCUGAGACUGUCAAGGAGGCAGAGCCAGCACAAGUCACACAGCCCUGGCCAAUCCGCAUCUCCUCGCUGCAUUUUCUCUAAAAAAAAUUAAAAAUAAAUAAAUAAAAAAUCCAUAUUUUGUGUCCCUGAAUAUCUACAUUUGUGAGGAUUACAAGCAGGCCAGGACUUGCCAUCUGGCAUACCAUACAAAUGCCCGGUGGGCCACGAUGGCCAUGAGCUGAGGCUGAGAGGGAAGAGUGUAUCUCCUUUACUGGCCCAUGCAGGGCUAGUGCUAUGCAAACGCAGGGCCUGCUGUGUGCCUUCAUGGGCCUGUGGGGAGAUAAGCUAUCUCCCCACAGGAAGUGUGGUGCGAGGGAGGACCCGGGGGAGCUCUAUCCUGCAGCUCCGCGGUGUUUCCCUCUCCAGGUUGGAACGUCUCUGCGGUUACUAAGACAACGCUCCGAACCCACGAGAGUCCGCUCUACCCCAGGAACUGCAGGGUAGUGUUCACAGACCACCUAGGCAAAGGUAAAAAGGGAGGGAGGACAUAAACUAUAUAUUUUAUUAAUAUUAAAAGUAUAAAUUUUUUUAUAUUGCACCCCCUAUACACAUUACAUUCCAGACACACACUAGAUCCUGUACACAGCUUUGGAUCCUCUAAUAUCCUCUAAUAAUAUUAAAAUAUAUAUAGACACACACACACACUCCCUCCCCUGUAAACAAACAUUUUACAACCCUAUACACUCGCUACAUUCCUAGUCACACAUUACAUCACAAACACAACUGAAUCCAACAUUUACACAAAACACCACACCACAAUCCACUCUAAACACAUGUACAAUAUUCUUUCCUGGCCCUUUUGUCCUUUGUUAUCCCACUUAUGGAGGCACCAGAGACAAGUCACAAGCAAACACAGUGCAAGCAUGUAAAUAAACUUGCUUGCGCUGUGCAGAACAAAAACAGGGCCUUUUUCUUAUGCGAGAGCUCUUCAGCAGGGCUCUGCGCAUACUCUGCCCAGGAAGAGCAUUGAACCAACAUGCUCACUUUUGAGAGGAGGCAUGCUUGUCAUUGGUGAUUUCAAACCACCUUCGCCUUCUUAGUGGACAGCUGUGAUUCAAAAAAAAUGCCCAGGCCACAUUUUUUUCCCAGUCCGGCCCUGUUUACAAGGAAGGAACAUUACUUUCGCUCUCCUCCUAUAAAUAUUUCAACAUGUCAGGGUGACCUGCAGUUUUUGUUGCAGCCUAAAGUACUCCCCACUCGGUACUUUGCCGAAAUUUAAAAUGCUAUGCUCUCUUCUUCUAUAAAAUCCUCCUUGCUUGGGAGUCUUGAACCUCAUGUGCACUUCCAGGAACAAAAAAUUAUUUUUCACUAUAUAAAGAAGUAGGAAAAGUGGAAUUUGGAAAGAUCUUGAGGAGGUUAUGUAUUCUGCAAGCAUUAAGAUGCCUGGUUCCAUGGUGUAGCACAACUCAUAAUGGCAGUGAUAUUCACUGUGGCUGUAUGUCUUCGCGUAUUAGAAUUCGUACUUAUUGGUCAAGUACAUUUACAAAUAAUUAUUUUUUCUCUUUUACUAGAAGACUAACAAACCGCUAAAAUGUCAAGUAAAAGAGCAAAGACAAAGACCACAAAGAAGCGCCCUCAGCGUGCAACAUCCAAUGUGUUUGCCAUGUUUGAUCAAUCCCAAAUUCAGGAGUUUAAGGAGGCUUUCAACAUGAUUGAUCAGAACCGUGACGGCUUUAUUGAUAAAGAAGACCUGCACGACAUGCUUGCUUCUCUUGGUAAGUAACUAUGGCUACAAAUCUGGUGAUUCUGCAUAAUCUGACACCAGGAGCCUUUUUCAGGUAUCUUGAAUACCACUUUGUGAGUAAAGUUUAUUUUACAAAAAAAAAAACAACUAAUCUAUGCUAUACGAUUUGCAGGGACAAUGUAAUACAUUGUCUUAAAUAGUUGUUGUUUUGUAUCAAUAAAACUGCAGCAUGUGCCUUCUACCUUUUUUGUUUCAUAUUGUUAGGGGCCUUUUGUUUUAUUGUUUGUAUGUCUGUCUGUCUGUCCCAAGAGGAAAUGUAAGCAUAGUAUGUGCAGAGUUUCUUCUUGAAAUGCUGCACAUACAGAGAAGUGUGCACAUAGGCUGGGAGUUAGUUACAUUCCUAGCACACGUGACUUUGGCAGCCAGGAACGCUUUUCCAGUCUGAUUAAUGUCAAUUCUGUGCAUGAAAUAGGUUGGUCGUCAGCGCACACUGCACGCAGGCAACUGACGUAUUUACCUUAUCCCUUGCAGGUGUGGGUGUCUCCUCCAUCCUUCAAUACCCUGUGCCCUCUCUGCCUCCCUAUAAUGCCAGUAGUGUUUGUUUUGUUUUUUUCCCCCUCCUUUCAUUCCCUUACCUACAUCCCCCUUGGCUCAAAUCACUUGCGCGUGUUCUGAGCUGAUGAAACUGUCUAGUCACAGGCUCCUCUCUUUACUUGGCUCUUGAUGCAAGAUAAGAAAAAAACUAAAGCUUUUUAUUUAUUUUUAUGAAGGCACAUUAAUCAUAUUACUGAAAUAUCAUUAAAGGGACAUUAUAGGCACCCAGACCACUUCAUCUCAUUGAAGUGGUCUGGGUGCAGUGACCCUGUCCCCUCAUCUCCACAAAUCUAAUGUUUAUAUUGCCACAGAGUUACUUCCGGCAUUUACAUGGAGUUAACUUUGUGAAAUCAGGUAAGAGUGUUUUAAAGGUUUAUUUAACCCUUUCAUGGACGGAGCGGAGGGCACAGUGGCUUAGGUACCCUUUAGUGUUAGAAAUACAGUUUCGUAUUCUGAAUACUAUAGUAUUCCUUUUAAUGAGAUUUGUAAGCUUUACAGCAACAUUUCAGUGAGACUAUUUAAAAAAAAAAAUAUAUAUAUAUAUAUAUAUAUAUAUAUAUAUAUCUAUAUCUAUAUCACAGAAAUUGUUUUAAAAUGACUGUUUGAAAAGAAAUGAUCAAAUGUCCCGAGGUAAAUUAACGUUUGGGAGAGUUCUUUUUAAUACAUAUUGCUUUGUUUUAUACUUUAAUCGUUUAAUGGCAAUUGUCCACAUUCUGGAUCAAAACAAAAACAUUAAUUUGGGCUAUAGGUUUAUUCCAUCAAAUUUUAAGGGUUUUUCUUAAUGUGCUCCUGUACAUAUAUUUCCUCUUUCAAAGGACAGUAGCGACUUUAACAGUGUAUGUAUACUUAACACAACAUUACGUGGGAAUAAAUGUCAACAAUAAGGGGUUGACACUAAAGUAUUUUAAUAAUUUUCACUCUUCCAGUGCAACUAAAAAAAAAAAAAAUUAGCUUCAUGUAUCAGUCUUGAUUUUUAAAUGCCUAAUGUGUUUAUAAUCUUAAUUAAUUUUUGAUAGUUAACGCUAACCCUAUACAAACAUGUAUAAAAUUGACAAAGAGCUUAUAAGGAGUAUUGGUUGCAGGAGAAAGGUGUGGAUUUCUACAUUUUAUUAUCUUUUUUUACACUUGUGGACAGCAUCCAUUUUCACAUUAAAUCUCUUUAAUUAUCAUCAUGAUUUUUUUUCAAGCAGCCCUUACUUUCCCCAUCACAAUCUGUUUCGGGGAAUACUCCAAUCAGAAUCUUGUGUGUGUGUGUGUGUGUAAUCACAGCUUUUCUUAUGCUUGUCAAUCUAUUUUAUAAAUGGUCACAAAUAUGGCUUACUAUAGCAAGCUGAAAUGUUCAGAAAAUCAUUGCCUCCUCUCCAGUACAAUGGAUGCAUCUACCCACCUCAAAUAACUGCAUCACUACUGCUGCUGAGUGGAAAAACGUGCAAAGGAAUUGAUUAAAACGUGCCUAUUGUACAAGAUUGAGUCCUUAAUAGGGUUGUGAUCCUGACCAAAUUGUAUGUGAUACAAAUGUCUGUUUUUGUUUUUAUUUUAACUCUUUUGUAGGGUUUACCUUCAUUUUUAUUGCAGUAUAAUUUUGAUAAUUUUGUCAGUGUAUAGUCUCACCAUUAUUUUUCUAAAGUCCUUAUUUGUGUGGGUUUUCUUUAGGUAAGAACCCUACUGAUGAGUACCUAGAGGCCAUGAUGAAUGAAGCUCCUGGACCUAUUAACUUUACCAUGUUCCUUACCAUGUUUGGUGAGAAGCUGAAUGGUACAGACCCUGAAGAUGUCAUCAGGAAUGCAUUUGCAUGUUUUGAUGAAGAAGGAACAGGUGAGUAACAAGUUUUUCUACAGUAAGCUUUCUUCAUGCUUUGGUAUCAAAUGGAUACACCAUUUACCAUAAAAACUCAGUGAAGUGGUUAUGUUGCUUGGAUUGCCAUGAUGUUGCCCCUCUGUUCCAUGUCUAACCAAUCUCAAAAGGUUUGGUGUUGAAUGUGUCUCUUCCUACUGGUUGCAUGCCUAAUUAAAAGUGUAACUCCAUAUUAGUCAGAUCCAAUUCAAACCAGUGAUGAUGGCAAUAGAAGACUGAGAGUGCUCAACCAAUGCAUUAAGCCUGCCUACUGUCAACAGCCAGAGCUGCAGAGAGUGGCAGGGCUGUGGGAUGAAGUGGUUUUGGUUCCUUGAGUAUACCUUUUUUUUUGGGGAGGGAUUUGACAACUUUUAAUGGUAACAAAAUUAAACUCCUCAACUUUAUAAAUCUGUGCUUGCCUGGUAAAUAAACAGUAUAUAGAGUGAUUGUGGUGUAAUGAGGCUAUAAGUGAAGGCCUUUUUUGAGUUGUGACAAACUGCUUUCAAGCACAUCAUAAAUAACUGGGUAUUCCUCUGCAACUAAAGCCUUUCCCCUGCACCGAACAUGAUAGGGAGCCUGUGUUGAUGUGGCAGCAUUUUUGUAUGGUCAAAUUCCCCAUAGAGUGCCAUUAUGAUUCCACCAGCAGUGUCAAUGGGUUUUGGGUACCAGGUAGUCCCUACGGUGUUUUUUUGUACAGUACAAACUAGUACUAUAGGCAAUAGAUAAAGCUAAAUUGGAGUUUUGCUUUGAAAAUAUUAUUUGAAUUUGUUUUAAAAUACAUAUGUUUUCUUAGCAAUAACUUGGUUUUAUUAAGGUUGGAUUAUAUGAAGUCGUUAAACUGCUAAAACAUUUGCAAGUGUUUUGAGUAAAAAUAUGUAUUCAUUUACUAGACCUCUUAAAACGUCUCAUGGGUUUUGUGGCAGGAUAAAAAAAAAUUCCAUUCCAGAUUUACUCUGGUGCUUUCGGACUAAAUCUCACACAAUCUAAACUUUGCUCACUUUUUCCUGUUACCCCAGCUUGUGAAUGUAAAAAAAACAAAACAAAAAACUGCAAUAUUUAUUACAUAUUGCAGCUGCAUAACAAAAAAUGCACAUAUUUUGAUUUUCUUCCCUAUGUAAAAUUGCAAUCAGUGUUAACUUAAAGAAACACUAGUGUUCGGAACACAAUGAUGUAUUGCUUGCACUACAGUGUUCCUCUUCCCCAUGCCAUAUAAAGGGUUAAAUAAAAAAAAAAAAUAACUUUAAACACUUAACCUGCUAUCAGCACCGAUGUCCCUUGGACCUGGAUUGGGCUCCACCGACAUCUGUGCAAUCCUAGAACCUAAUGCGCAUGCACAGCGGUUGCACACACAUUAUGCUUUCCUCACAGCAAAGUUUUGACUCAAGGCUUACCCAUAUGGGUUUUUUUUUUUUUUUGUGUUUUUGUUUUUUACCCACUGGACGUUUUCAUGCACAGUGUGAGGAUGUCAAACUCCCUGAAAAUGCCUGGUAGACAGCCACUAGAGGCAGUCUUGUAAACAUUCUCUGAAACGGCAGUGUUUUACAUUGAGGAGUUAAGGGCAGGUCCACUGCAUCCAAAUCACUGCAAUGAGAUGAAGUGGUCUGGGUGCUUUUAGUGUCCAUUUAAGAGGGUUUGCCCUUCAACUGGGAGUUUGCUAGUAUACUUUUUGUAAAGGUAGAUUUAUAGUCUAGAUUUGCAAAACUUUACAUUGGGAUGUACAUUUUUAAAGACUUAAUAUUGCCCUCUGCUGACAACACAGUCUGGUUCCUAAAGAUCUUAUUUCAGUAUGAAAUGACCUUAUUAUUUAAAGGAACACCAAAAAGAAAUUUAGCUUAAUGAAGCAGUUUUGGUGUAUAGCUCCUGUCCCUGCAGUAUCACUGCUAAAUUAUCUGCCAUUUAGAAGUUAAAUCUUUGUUUAUACAGCCCUAGUCCCAACUUCAUACAUGUGACUUGCACAGCCCACCUAAACACAUACAGUAAAGAGAGCACUUAUGUUUAAAUGUCCUUCAUUGUACAUUAUGCUUAAUUUAGAAUUUUUAUCUCCUGCUCUGUUAUUGGCCUUCUAGAUCCUGUAGGAGCACCCAAGAGAUUACAGUUCAAUUUCCAGAGCAAAAGAUACAAAUUUCUAAAGCUGGUUAACAUCUGAUUUGAUUUUAUUCAGUCUGUGUCAGGGCCAUCCAGUGGAGGCAUGACAAGGGCGGCAGAAGCAGGAGAAAAGUGACUCCUAAAUGGCAGAGAAUUGAGCAGUAAGACUGCAGGAGCAUAAUCAACAUACCAUAACUUAAGCUAAAGUUGCAUUGAUGCCUAUAGUAUCCCUUUUAACACUCCGUGCAAUACAGCUCUGCAGGUACUGAAUAGCAAGGAGGUUGUUUUGACAGCAUAUACCUUCAUCUGUCCUUUUUAAGAGGUUAAACUUUUAGCUUGGCAUUACAUUGUACAAUCUGAAAGGUCAUUGUUUCUCAAAGCAUUUCACAGUGUGGCUGGCUUAAACCAUUUGAUAUGCACAUUCUGUGGGGGUGAGAGGGGUAAAUCAGGCGGUUUAAUAUUUCCCGAAAUAGAAGGUCAAUUGGAAUCUUUUUAAAGAAAGGCAUGCUAAAACAAGAUUUAAUGCAUUUAAAGGGGGAGGAGGUUUGUGUGUUUGUGUGUGUGUGUGUAUAUAUGUGUAUAAAUAAUAUUAUAUACACACACACACACACACUGUUUUAUUCCACCAGUCAGGGAGGUUUCUCUGUAGAAUACGGUUUUACAAUAAGUGGGCGUGUUGAUCCUUACUUGUAGUUCCUAUUCUAAGUUUUAUCUAAUAAACUGAAGGGGUUCAGUAAAGUGUGUGUGUGUGUAACUUUUUCAUUUAUUUAUUUUUCCAGAAAAUGUACCGUUCUUAAAAUUUUCCAGUUACCUCAAAAUUUCAUUGCAUUUGUUUGUAGGUUUCAUUCAAGAGGAGAACCUCAGAGAGCUGCUGACUACUAUGGGUGACCGAUUUACAGAUGAGGAAGUGGAUGAGCUUUUCAGAGAGGCGCCAAUCGACAAGAAGGGAAAUUUCAACUACAUUGAGUUUACACGUAUCCUAAAACAUGGCGCUAAAGACAAAGAUGACUAAAAAAAAAAGCUGUCCAGGCCAAAAAAAAAAAAAACGAUCUUGCUUUGCCAAGCCUAUGCAUCUCUUCUCUUGGUAGAACUCUGCAUGCCUUUAUCUCUCUAAAACUUCCCUUCUCUUUGUAUUUAUGGAAUUGUUCCAGGUCAUUAAGGCCUACACGCACACCUAUGUAACCAAACUGGAAACAGAAGAUGUAACUGUAACUUUUCGUGUCAUAUCUGAUAAACACAUUCUGUUUUUUGGACUUGAGAAGAAUUUUUGCAGUUUUGUAAUGAGUGGAAACAUGAAUAAAAAAGGUCACUUAAAAUGUUACCUUACCAUCUAGCAGAGUUAAGGUAUGCUUUCUUAAUGGCAUUGUUGGUCAAAUGUAGUAGUUAAAAUAAAACUACCCUAGCUGUUACUGUAAAUGUCUAUAUAAAGUAUACUAGAGUUCCUCUCCCAUGGUUCCACCUACAAAUCAUCAAACUCCUUUUGGCUGCCUGCUGUCUAUACUGCACAUUGUAUUUUUCAUCUCCUGGAAACGUUUUGUAAGACUGUCACAAUCUCAUCAUGAGGAAGGCAUUAAGUGGAGUCCCCAGGCCUAGAGGGAGCGAACGACAUUGCCAUGUUUAAUAGUCUACUUGUAGAGGAUGUGUUUUGGUAUUUCAGCAUUUUAUAAGAUAAAUAAAAUGGAUUUUGUCAUAGUCGUGGUUUGUUUGUUUGACUUUCAUUGCGAAUUUUACAUUUUCAGAACCUUUCUCUUGCAUACAUGGAGCCAUUUUGUUUUUAAA